UAUGAUCUAUGAAGGUGCUGUCAGUGUCAGUUGGCCUUUCAAUGUGUUUAUAUGAUGGCUUUUUAUGAAGGAAUUGGACUUGGCGUGACAACUGAUAGGCAAACAGUUGUGUUGGACAUCGGAUAUGCGUAUACGAAGUAUGGAUUCACAGGUGAAGCAGCACCAAGGGGUUUUAUACGAACAGAAGCUGCACUUCCAGAAAACAAGUCCAGGGUUAAGAUAUUUGAUCAUCUGCAGGAUGAUAAGCUUUACGAUUUGCUUGUGGAGUUUAUACACCAUCUGUACUUCAGGAAGCUGUUGGUGAGCCCGAAGGAUCGGCGUGUAGUAAUCGUUGAAUCUCUCUUGUGCCCAACAAGUUUUCGAGAUACUUUGGCUAAGGUCUUCUUCCGGCAUUUUGAUGUGGCCUCGCUGUUGUUUCUACCAUCACAGUUAGCAGCUCUCUGUACACUGGGCACCGAUACAGCACUCCUUGUAGAUUUGGGGUAUCGCGAAGCCACUGUCGUCCCAGUGUAUGCAGGUGUUCCAGUGCUUCGUGCUUGGCAGGCACAACCUAUAGCAGGAGAGGCAGUGGAGAGGCGCAUCAGAGAGCAACUUGCAGCAAGUGAAGGUAGCCCCUGUGACCUGAGCAGUGAGCAAAUUGAAGACAUUAAGGUUAGAACUUGCUUCGUGACAACACUGGAACGCUCUCAAAAGCUAAGUGAAGUAAAACCACCCCCUUCCGUGGACUACCCAGUGGCAUGUGGACGCCAUAUUACUGUUCCUGGCAACUUGCGUGAAACUGCUUUUGAAGUUUUGUUUGAAGAGGAUGGUGACCAGUUGUCUCUGUCCAAUCUCAUAUUGGAUGCUAUACUGGAGUGUGCAACAGAUGCUCGUCGGCCGCUAGCAGAAAAUAUCUUCAUUGUUGGUGGGACAGCAAUGGUACCUGGCCUCCGUGCCAGGUUACGGGAUGAAAUGAGACAGCUUUUGGGUUUGGAGCGUUAUGCCAGUAAGCUUUCAUUGCCAAAUCUGAAAUUUCACAGAGCCCCUGCCAAAGAAAAUUAUGCUGCAUGGCUUGGAGGUGCAAUAUUUGGUGCAACAGACUCCUUGGUGUCACGGUCCCUGACGAAGGAGUCCUAUAUGAAGACCAACUGUGUUCCUGACUGGGCUAAUUUAUACUACAACAGGCCUUCAUCAGAGCAGAUGUGCCUCUAAAAACAAAUGUUCAUCUACUAUUUUGGCUGUGUCCUAACUUUUAAUUCAUAUAGCUACUAUACAUAAUUUAAUUUGUAUAACAGAGUAAUACAUUGUCAAUCAUUUGAAAUUAUGAUUAAUACAAUCUUACUGCAAAACAUAUUCUUUCCUAAGGCCCUGAAGUGAAGUCACAUAAUUAAAAAGUGACAAAUUCAUCAACCAAGUUGUAUAAUUAUUUUGAAUUUUUUGAAGCUCAUAAAUCCAUUGAGCUAUUUUGAUUUUUUGAAUUUUUUCUACUCAUGUUUUUAUUUUUCUGUGGUACAGCACCAACAACAUUGCUCGUGAUCUCAGUACCUGCAUUGGUCACAAGAUAAUCUUUAACUCUUGAUUUUAGUUAUGGCUAUUGUGCCUUCAUGUUGGGAUGACAGUGUAUUAUUGGCAUUAAUCAAAAGAUGCAGCAUGUAAAAUUUUGCAGUUCUACUAGUAGAUAUAUCCUUUCUCCCCAACUUCACAGAAGCUCUCCUUGGCUGCCAUGGCAUGGUGCUAAUAGAUUAGGCUCAUAAGGGGCAAAUCAUCACUAGGGCGUACUAAUGAAAUCCAUUGACAAGGCUGUGGCAGGCUGUCAAGUGCAAGCAUUAUGGAGAAAAUUGUACAAACAGAUGUUUUUGUUUCAAGGCGAUGCUCUACAUCAUUCUGCACAGGACACACAUAUGCCACUUCUUUGGGCUUUCAGAUUUUGCCUUACCUUCUUAUUCUCCUGACAUGGCACCUAGUUAUUUCUUCGUCUUUCCUCUCAUGAUUAAACCAUUGCAUGGCAGGCAUUUCCAGGAUGACAAGAAGGUGAUUUUAGUGAUGGAAUGUUUCCUCAACAGCCAAAAUCCAGGCUUCAACAAUCAAGGUAUAUGUCAUGACAUACAUUGCGUGAAAAAAUGUCACAUUGAAGAGUAAAUACAUAGAGGAAUAAAACCAUGACUGAAUUUCAA